AUGGCCAUCUUUACAGCUCCUCGCUCAUUUCAGAAUGCUCUGAUGCAGAACUCAAUAGGCGCCAGCCUUAUCGGAGUCAACGUACAAUCCAAGCACCCCUCUUUCUUUCACUUGGUUCUGCUUGUCUUUGAGGCGGUGCUGGAAGUAGUAUGCGUCUCUCUACCAGGCUACAUCGUCGCCAGGCAGGGCAUGUUCGAUGCCGAAGCCCAGAAAUUCGUGGCCAAUCUCAAUGUGAUGCUUUUCACUCCUUGUUUGAUCUUCAUUAAACUAGGCUCACAAUUGACCGCCGAAAAAAUCACCGACCUCGCCAUCAUACCCGUUAUCUUUAUCGUCCAGACUGCUGUCUCUUACUUCUGUGCGUUUGUGGUCACGCGAUGCUGUCGGUUUAAGAAACGUCAGUCCAAUUUUGUGACGGCGAUGGCGGUGUUCGGAAACUCCAAUUCCCUCCCAAUUUCCCUUGUGAUAUCUCUCUCCGCAACACUCCAAGGUCUCCACUGGGACCGCGUACCCGGCGACAACGACGAUGAGGUUGCGGCGCGGGGCAUCUUGUAUCUUCUUAUCUUCCAACAACUAGGUCAACUAGUCCGCUGGAGCUGGGGUUACCAUGUGCUAUUGGCGCCCAAGGACCGAUACCUCGAAGAGGAGGAACGAGAGGAAACAGGCGAGACGGCGAUUGAACAAGGUCAGGCACGAUACACCGAUAACCCAGCUCAGACAGAUCCAGAUGAGCCGUUGGUCCGUACGCGCAGCUCGCAAGACCUCCAACAUGCCCAUAGCCAUACGAACGGCGGUCGAUUCGAGUCCGGUGAUCAAACUCCAGUGUCAACUCGCGCGUAUUCCUACAGCAAGGUCUCCUCGAUACACUCGCACGCUUCAAAUACUGACGAGGAGCCUGAUUCUGACGACACGCCCUCUGUGAUUGGUCCUCCACCUACUGGACCAUUCCUACCACGCCGCAGCACCGAUGGCGACAUUCUCCAUUUCCCAGACGUGGAGGCCACUGCCCGGGAAACCCAUAUCACAAAGCAAACCUACCUGCAACGAUGCAAAGGUUCUCUCCGUCGACGCGGACAUCACACCCGCCGCUUCUUUGCUCAGAAAACCGACGCAGUAUGGGCCUGGCUUCCUACCAAACUCCAAAAAACCCUCUCAUCGACAAGCAGCGGGGCCAAGCGCUUCGCCCGCGGACUGUGGUCAUUUAUGAACCCUCCUCUCUGGGCCAUGCUAGUCUCUAUAAUAAUCGCAUCCGUACCAGCACUCCAGCACCUCUUCUUUGACGAAGGAACCUUCGUCCGCAACUCGGUUACUCGCGCCAUCGAGCAGAACGCCCAAGUGGCGGUCCCGCUUAUCUUGGUAGUACUAGGAGCAAACUUGGCCCGGAACACGCUCCCAGAAGAAGCGCUUGAAGAUAUCGAACAUCCCAAAGCAGAGCGGAAAUUGAUUAUCGCCUCUUUAGUGGCGCGCAUGCUCCUUCCAACUCUCAUAAUGGCACCAUUUUUGGCCCUGCUCGCUAAGUUCGUGCCGAUCAGUAUCCUUGAUGAUCCUAUUUUCAUCAUCGUUUGUUUCCUGCUCACGGGUGCACCUUCGGCACUGCAGCUGGCGCAGAUUUGCCAGAUCAAUAAUGUUUACGUGGGUGCUAUGUCGAAGAUUUUAUUCCAGAGCUAUGUUGUCUGGAUUCUUCCCUCUACACUCUUUCUGGUUAUCUGUGGACUGGAAGUCCUCGAAUGGUCUACCGCUGCAUAG